CUGACCCCGCCCCUUCCCCUGCGCUUGCCGCGUAGAGCCGCCCAGAACGGUGGCGGGGCAGCCUGGCAGAGCGCGCGCCCAGCGGCGGGUAGAGCCGUUAGCCGCGCGCACGAGUAACGUUAGCGGGGGCACAAGGCUGCGCCUGCGGUAAAGGUGCAAACCCCGCCUCACGCCAGGGCCGGCCCACAGCAUUUUGGCAUGUGAGAGACCAGGGGAUAUGUUGGAAGUCUGUCCAUGUAUGGAGCAGGUCUUGUGAGCCAGAAGUUUGACAUCUCCUUUGGGACAUGCUAGCUGCAAAGAUGAACCCCUCCCUAGGAGAGGCACUUUAUAAAGUAAGAUUCCCAAAGACAGCAAGGCACAGCAGCUCUCUCCAGUAACGAUGGCUAGCAGAAAAACCAAAAAGAAGGAAGGUGGUGCCAAACGUGCUCAGAGAGCAUCUUCUAACGUCUUCUCCAACUUUGAGCAGACACAGAUCCAAGAAUUUAAGGAAGCUUUCACAUUAAUUGAUCAGAACAGAGAUGGAUUCAUAGAUAAAGAAGACUUGAAAGACAUCUAUGCUUCUUUGGGUAAAACAAAUGUAAAAGAUGAGGAGCUAGAAUCCAUGCUCAAGGAAGCUACUGGACCCAUUAAUUUCACAAUGUUUUUGAAUCUCUUUGGAGCAAAGUUACUUGGUAUGGAUGGGGAAGAGACCAUACUAAACGCAUUCAAAAUGUUUGAUCCAGAUGGUAAAGGACACAUUCACAAAGACUACUUAAAACGCAUGAUGAUGACACAGGCUGACAAAUUCACUGCUGAAGAGAUAGACCAGAUGUUCAAGAGUUCCCCUAUUGAUGCAGCAGGAAACUUGGAUUAUAAGUCUUUCUGCUACACUAUCACACAUGGAGAGGAAAAGGAAGAAUAAAGAGCGCACACUUGUUAGUUGCACUAAAUUCUCACAUUGGGCUAAUAAAUAAAAAUGGAACUACAUUUUUUUUUAUCCAGCUGUAGUGAUGACUCAGUUACCCACUGCUCAUGCAAUUUAAAAAUAGCGAUGUCCUAGUCUCCAUUACUUUGGAGUGCCCAUGGUGAAAACUGCAUCUUUUACCAUGAUUUUUCAUAGCAAUAGUUUUGUUUUAGCACUAACUCCAUUCUCCUUAGCUCACAGCAGAGGCAUUUCAUUUCAAAGUUAUUCCAGGCAAAAUAGAACAGAGAAAGAUGUGCUAGCAGAUUCUUAGAAAAUGCAAACAACCUACGAACAGGUAGCUAUUAAUGGCAUCUGCCUCUUUGUACACCGUGAUAGGUAAUUAUAAAGGUGGCCAUCGUUGUGGGAUGACAGUUGCAUUACGCAGGAGCAGGAGUGAAAGAACAUUUGCAGAGGUCAAUCACACAUUGUUAUUGCUUGUUCCAGGCUGACUAUUCUACUUUAGGGGCAAAUGAUGUUCUCUGAAGCAGUCAGUAUUGCCAGAGCCACAACUUUCAUCUUCCCUGGAAAUGAACACACAAUCCUAUUUGUAAACAUUUUCACCUCCAAGAAAUAACGACUUUUUUACAUGGAUUAAAA